ACACUGUGUGUGUUUUAAAAUAAAAUGUUUCUGUGAAAAAGUUAUAUGUGGGAAAUGAUAUAGUAAAUAGCGAAAAAAUGUGGACAGUGUGGAACGUAUCUUUGAUGUGCACUCAUAUUCUACGAAAUUCAACGGUUUUAUCACACAGAUAUACAAAGAUUUGAUUUGUGAAAUGGAUUCUACACCCGAAGUUAACGUUGCCGAAAAUGGAAAUUCAACGGAAAAGGAGCUAAAAAACGAUGAAGUUACAAGUACAGUGACUCUUGCUCCUAACAAAGAAAGCACAAGCGAGACCGAAAGCCCAGCCAUCGAGACCGAACAAAACGAAAGUUUAGAUAAAAUUGAAAGUACCGAAAAACAGGUUGAGGAGAAAUCGUCGAUUACUGAUGCCUCAACCGAUACUAUUGAGAAAGAAAUUGAUUCUACCGAGGCAGUCACAGAUAGUGAUGCUAAAACAACGGAUCCAACUUUCGAAGAACUUCCUGUAACUGAUAAUCCCAUAUUGAUUGAUAGCGCAUUGAAAAUCGAAGAUGAUAAGCCAAAAGUUCCAAUUGAUGUCGAAGAACAAGAUGUUAAUAUCGAAGAUACAGAAUCAGGGGAUGAUGCCGAAGAAUCGUUUUCUGAAGAUGAAGACCCUAAUGAACCCGCAACAGUGUCAACGGAGUCGCCAGCGGAAAACCACAGUAAAAAUGAAACUGCCACCCAAAAUGAAUCGCUAAAUGAAAAGGAAAAGAAGGAUCUUGUGGGAAAAGGAGAAGAAGGAUUUUCCAGUGAUAAGGUAAAAAGUGACUCUGUUCAAUCGGAACUCUCAUUAAAUAAACCAACUGAAACUGAGGUGAAGAAACCGGAGGAACACAUUCCUGUUCAAACCGAAUUUUCCGAGACACAGACAAAUGAAGGUGUGAAGCCAUCAGAUCAGAAAGAUUUUAAUAAUCAAAUAAAAGAAAUAAUAUCGGACAUAGAUAUUAAUAUAAAGGCCCAAGAAAAAAUAACACAGCUCAAAGAGCAGGAACUAAAGUUGAUUCAGAAGCAAAACGAAUUGGCAAAUCAAAUACAUGAGCAACAGCUAUUGGCUCAGCAGUUAUGUGACCAAAAUAAACUUAAGCAACAGCAAAUUCAAUUGGAAGCUGAAAAAAAAACUGAAUUCGAUUCUCAACGAUUCCAGCAAAAUGGUCAACCAUUUCAACCAAUUACCACGCAGUUCCAGGAACCAGCACAUAUAUCAAAGACAAAUGUUGACUUGCGCAAAAUAUUUACGCCUGCGACCGAUACGCCUGAAAUAUUACCGAAGAACCGAAAGCUAUAUGCCUCGUCCGCAUUUUAUUCUCCAACACUACACCCUACUGUGGAAGACCAAGUUGAGCUAGCCCGGAGAAUAUCUCAUUCGUUAAGCGAUAUUUCAAACCAAACAUCUAAGGGUCAAUCAAUGUAUGUCAAUCGAAAAAAACGCUCUGUUAAAUGGGUGCAUGAAGGUGGUCAAGACAAUUGCGAAACAAAUUCCCCAUCAUUAUUUGAAGCUACAACCAAGUUGGAGAAAAUGCCGCUUAAGCUUGUAAUGAAUCCGAAAGGCCAAGUUCGUGAUUAUAAUUCGCUCAAAGAGUUAAUUAAUGUUGAAACUGGCCUUUUAUCGCCUGACAACUGCGCUGAGCUAAUAACUGCAUUGCAACUACACCAAGGACGAGGCGCCGAACUAUUUGCAAAGCGACGCAAAAAAGCAGAUAACUGGAUUGUCGAUGAAACGAAUGCUGGAACUCAAAGUCUACCAUCUGGUAUUCCAGAUUAUCAGCAGUAUCAACCGCGGCAAAAGACAAUAUCGCCAAACAUUUUACCAGCAUAUUCGGAUGCUGGCAAACAUCGUGUUCAAUUGAAUUUGCAUCAAAAUCAGCUAAUUGAAAAGUAUUCAAAGGGCGGAGUGCAGGUAGUCAAGUCGCCGUGGGAGGCCGCUCUGCAGACUGGCUCCGCCAGUUCCGCAUUUCUUGAGGAGUCCCCAGACCAAGUUCGAUGUCCUUCAGUGUCAUCGCCAAUGAUGUAUCAUCGACAAAGCGUGCCCAGAGAUUUGCCAGAUGCAACAGUAAAGCCUUCUUAUGAUAUUGGAUUAACGAACAACCAACAACAGCAUAGAGAGGAACCCUAUAGAAAUAAAAGCACUGCACCAAUACCCUCGAAUCCACAAAGAGUGUUGGCUUAUACGCCAAGCGUAGCCCAGGGCUGGGGAGGUCGGAGUGUGGAGUUGCCAAAGGAAUAUUGUGAAUCAAAUGAAGUUAAUGUGCUUCCUUGCCAGAGUUGUGACUUUUGCCGCACAAGGUAUGACCGCGAAAAUAUGGAUUUUUUAUACGCAAAAGGCGAAGGAUUGUCUGCCACUUUUACAAAUGAUAUUGAAAAACGAUUGAAUCGACUUGAACAAAUUCAAAUGUUCUUUUUAGAACAGCAACAUCAACAAUUGGCUGGUAACCUGAGCAAAAAAAAUAUAGAAAUAGAUGACAAACUAAAUGUGCGCGAGUUGAUACACUCCUUCGAGCAACAGUCCUUAGGAGAAACUUCAAAAAAUAGUUCAAACGAUGAGGAUGCAAUUAACAAAAAUGAAGGUUUAUAUGUACCCAAGGAAAUAUCCCUAUCGAGCUAUGUUCCACCACCGCAAAAGCAACCGUCAUUUACUUUAUCUCAAAAAGACGAAUCCACAUUUCGACACAUGCCAAAAUCAAAUUUUGGAGUUUCAGCUGAUACACAGUUCUCAAAUGGAAGGUUUCCACUGUCUAACUCUAAUCCAUUAGGGUACACAACGUCAGUGCCAAAGGAACAGCAUUCCUUUUCUUCGCAGCCCAUAAACAAUAUCGCUCCACAGGUCAACUUUAAUCCAUCGCCAUUAUCCUUUGAUAAACUGUCGCGGUACGAAAAUAAUCACGAUAACCAGAAUCAACAACAACACUUAAAUGUUCGUCAAAAGACGCAAGUGCAGAAUGCAUCUCCCAUACCAUUUGGCACAUCAAAAUGCACCUCUUUCAAUGAAAAUUUACCUCGAUCACCAAUUAGUUGGACUAGCCCUAUCGAAGGAGCAUCACCGCAACCUUAUAAUCUAAACAAUGCUUCCAGCCACCGGCAAUCGAACCAAGGUCAAUCCUUCAAUAAAUUAGCCAGAGGUUGGGGCGAAGUCCAAAGCAAGCAACAUCAACAGACCUAUUCGUGUCAAUAUAUACCGCCGGCAACUGUGUCUAGAAAUUUACCGUAUACCGAAGUGCCAUAUUCGGAUUUUUAAGGAGAGAUGGCCGAGAAGGCGAGGCGUCGAGCAUUAACUUAACGAUUUGCGACAUAUUACCAUAAACAUGUUUUAAAUGUACCUAUAUUUAUUGUUUGUUUGUUUGUUUUGGGAUCUGUAAAAAUAAUAUAAAUGAUAUUACAUCGA